AUGGCACUUUCCAUCAGCCUUUCUCACAAUGAUCGUACGCAAUUUACGCCUGGAUCCAUGGUUUUGGGCGUGGUGAAGCUCACAAACUAUGAGGAUCAAAUUAUUGACUCGUGUAAGAUGGACUUUAGAGGUCAAUCUAAUGCAUUUUUGAGCCAAAACUACAGCGAUAUCGGGUCCUCCAGAGCCGACGUGGUUUCCAAAACUUACCUGUUCAGUCGCCAUUUGGACCUUUACAGUGGCGAAGGUCUUCAUCAUAAGGGAACCCACCUUUGGCCGUUUGCAUUUCGGAUUCCACUUUUCGCAGCCCCUAGGCUUGUGCCGCCGGGGUCCAAAGAGCUAUUCUACCCUAAAAGUCGAUGGAGAGGCGACUUUGUCGUGGAACGUCACAAGGCUCACCCUCUGCCACCGAGCAUGCAAGAACGGGGGAAGUUCGCAUGCAACGUGCGCUAUACGCUAGAAGCGGUGCUUUCAUACAGAGUAUCCGGAGCUACAAAAGGUAAAAAGUUGCAAGCUUCUUACUCUAUACCCGUGCAAAACUUGGAAAUGUCUCCUCGUAUCUCUGCUGGGGAUGAGUGGAUAUAUAUGAUUCAUCGCCACACAUUGAGCUGUGCGAUUGUCGAUUCUUCGCAUCAGCACUUCCUCCGGCAUUUGCGAAUCUUCCCCUGGAAGGACAAACAUCUUAAGCCUGAAGUGAAGCUAUGCGUUUCUGUUCUUCUGCCAAAGGAGAUCGUCAUCAAAGAGCGGCAGACAUUAUCUGUCCCGGUGGCCUGCACAAUGGAACAACCUUCAGAAGCAGACGGACCGAAGCCGCGAGUGGUGGAACAAGAUCUGGACCUCGUUGUUCACUCCUUCAGCCUCUCCCUUUUCCGACAUACAGAGGUCCGAGCAGGAUGUCAUCACAGCUCAUCGGUCAGAAAGAUUUUCAUCCGAAAGGGGACAUGCAUAGUUCCUGUCUCGCGCACAAGCAGCUCAGACCCGAACGGAGCAGAGAAUUCUCCAAAUCCAAUCGUCAACCUUAGCAAUAUUGUCGAUCUGUCUAUUCCGAGGCAGUCAUUAGCCCCUGACUUCUCAACGUACAACAUCGCACGUUUCCACACUAUUGAAAUGCGAUUUUCUUUGAUAUAUGGAGGGAAGAAGAACAAAUUUGCCCUACGCAAUGUCCCUAUGAGAGUGAUCCCACAGUCUGAAGGAGAGCUAGAGAGUCGACUUAACGAGGGCGUGGAACCGGACGAUGAGUUUGGCUGUGAUCUGGUCGGCAUUCAAUGGCGAGACUACAGAGGGACUGCUGGCGCCUCUGGAUGUGAUCCACUUGGGUUGGCUUCUGAUUUUGAUGACGACUUAUGUCCGGCAAUUCCACCACCUACGUACACUGUUUAG